AUGAGUAGCAACGAGGCAAAUGAAGAACCGUGUUUUAAUCCAAAGGCAUACCCCUUGGCUAGCCCAGAUUUAAACAAUCGUAUUAUUAAUAUUGUACAACAGGCCUGUAAUUAUAAACAAUUACGAAAAGGUGCUAAUGAAGCUACAAAGGCCUUAAAUAGAGGGGUAGCAGAGAUCAUAGUGUUGGCAGCAGAUGCAGAGCCAUUGGAAAUAUUGCUUCACUUACCUUUAGUUUGUGAAGAUAAAAAUACACCAUAUGUUUUUGUACGCUCAAAAGUAGCUUUAGGUCGUGCAUGUGGUGUUUCAAGACCAGUUAUAGCUGCUGCCAUCACAUCUAAAGAAGCAUCUGGUUUAACAUCUCAAAUUGCAGAGCUGAAGAGUCAAAUAGAACAGAUUUUAGUUUAA